AUGGAAAAGAGAAGGGUAAAAUUGAAGAGAGAGGGGGUAAAGAGAAGAGAGGGAGAGGAGAAAGAAGAGAGAGGAAAGGAGAAAGAAGAGAGAGGGGGAGGAGAAAGAAAAGAGAGAGGGGGUAAAAAAAAAAUAGUGGAGAGAGGGGGAGAAAAGAGAGGAAAUAAAGAUAAGAGAGAGGGGGUAAAAUUGAAGAGAGAGGGGGUAAAGAGAAGAGAGAGGGAGAGGAGAAAGAAGAGAGAGGGGGAGGAGAAAGAAAAGAGAGAGGGUAAAGAGAAGAGGGAGGGGGUUAAAAACAUAGUGGAGAGAGAGGGAAAAAAGAGGAGAGAGGGGGAGAAAAGAGAGGAGGUAAAGAAAUAG